CAUCGGACUCAUAGACUUUACAGCUACAUCCAUCCAUCCAUCCAUCUGAUAACGUACCUGUCGUCCGAUACCCCCCUGCCCUAUUGCUGAUACAUCCAGAGGAAUAAGGUCUAGACGUCACACUCCUUCAUCAUGGCCGACCUCCUCACCCAGACGCAGGACCCCAUGCCGGUCUUGCAGGACGACCUCCUCAAAGAUCGGAUCCGACAGUUUACAGAAUUCUUGGACGACGAGACACAAGCCGGUUACAACUAUCGGCAUGCGACCAAGACGAUGCUGGACAACAAUCAAAACAGGCUCAUCGUCAACCUAGACGAUUUGCGGGACUAUGAUCGGACCAUGGCCGACGGGCUGUUGCUACAGCCCAUGCAAUACAUCCCAGCGGUCGACGGAGCACUGACACAGCUCGUCACUAGCUUGCACGAUCCUAUCAAACACGAUAUCCUGGGCAAAGAAUUCCACGUCGGGCUGAGAGGAUCGUUCGGACAACAACACUGUAACCCGCGGACGUUGAGGAGUCAUCAGAUUGGAAAGAUGGUCAGCCUGGAAGGAAUCGUGACGAGGUGCUCGCUCGUCCGACCCAAAAUGCUCAAAUCCAUCCAUUACUGCCAAUCCACCGCGCAUUUCCAUUCCCGAACGUACCACGAUAGCAGCACCAUCUCCGCCCAGACCCUUUUCACCGCAGCUCCUUCCACCACAGUGGUCCCGCAGGACGACGGCGAGGGAAACCCUAUUUCCAUGGAAUACGGUCUCAGUACGUUCAGGGAUCAUCAGACGAUUAGUAUUCAGGAGAUGCCGGAACGAGCGCCGGCGGGGCAGUUGCCGAGGGGAGUCGAGGUGGUCUUGGCGGAUGAUCUGGUGGAUGGAUGCAAACCUGGGGACAGGAUUCAGUUGGUUGGGGUCUACAAGAGCGCAGGAGGUGGGCAGGGUCAACGAGGGUUCCACACUUCGUUGAUCGCGAACAACGUCAUCCUCCUCUCCUCUAAAGCAGGUGGUGGGAUCGCUCAAUCCACCCUGACCGACACCGAUAUCCGGAACAUCAACAAGCUUUCCAAACGACGCAACGUCUUCAACCUCCUUUCUCAAUCCCUCGCUCCUUCCAUCUACGGAUCGGACUAUGUCAAAUCUGCCAUCCUCCUCCUCCUUCUCGGUGGGGAGGAGAAGAACCUGGCGAAUGGGACGCAUAUCAGGGGAGAUAUCAAUAUAUUGAUGGUCGGAGAUCCUAGUACGGCGAAGAGUCAGAUGUUGAGGUUUGUCUUGAACACCGCACCUUUGGCUAUCGCGACGACGGGUAGAGGAAGUUCGGGUGUGGGUCUGACGGCCGCUGUGACGAGUGACAAGGAUACAGGCGAACGACGUCUCGAAGCAGGCGCCAUGGUCUUGGCCGAUCGAGGCGUGGUGUGUAUCGACGAAUUCGACAAGAUGUCCGAUAUCGACCGGGUGGCCAUCCAUGAGGUCAUGGAACAGCAGACAGUGACCAUCGCCAAGGCAGGAAUCCAUACCAGUUUGAACGCUAGAUGUAGCGUUGUGGCAGCCGCCAACCCGAUCUACGGUCAGUACGACGUGCACAAGGAUCCGCAUAGGAACAUUGCCCUGCCGGAUUCGUUGUUGUCCCGUUUCGAUCUGCUGUUUGUCAUCACCGACGAUACCGACGAACAGAGGGACAGGGCCAUCUCGGAGCACGUCUUGAGGAUGCAUCGGUACCUCCAGCCGGGUGUCGAGGAAGGCACGCCCGCCGUAGAGAAUCUCGUCCAGCAUCUAGAUGUCGGAGGGGACGAACAAGACGCCCGAACGCUCGAAACCCCCGUCUUCGAGAAAUUCAACCCGCUCUUGCACGGUGGGGUGACGACGUCUUCGGGCCGAUCGACGGGCAAGAAGAAGGAGGUCUUGUCAAUCGCUUUUGUGAAAAAGUACAUUCAGUACGCCAAGAACAGGAUACACCCGGUCUUGACAAAGGGAGCAGCGGACUACAUCGUCGGCGUGUAUGCGGCUUUGCGAAAUGACGAUCUCGCUAGCAACCAGAAGAGGACCUCUCCGCUCACAGCGCGUACUCUGGAGACUCUGAUUCGUCUCUCGACGGCACACGCCAAGUCUCGAUUGUCGGCCAAGGUCGACGAGCGAGAUGCCAUGGCUGCUGAAGAAAUCCUUCGAUUCGCCCUGUUCAAGGAGGUGCUCAAACCCGAGAGGCGAAAAAAGCGUAAGCUAAACACGGGCAAAUCUAAGCGAUCAGACGGAAGUGACAGCGACGAUUCGGACGAUGAGGAUGAGAUCGAUGGCGAGCUUGCGGACGCGGACGGCGAGGAUGAUGACGAUGUUGUCAACGGCCGGACUGAGACAAGGGACGAACGGGCUGCAGCCAGGUCAAAGAGGAUGACUACCCCAAGAGAAAGUGUGCCGAGAAGCGUCCAAGAUGCUGAUAUGAACGUCGAAGCCGAAGAAGUUAUGCGGGAGAUGGAGAGCGGUGGCGGAGACGGUGCAGGUGCCCCUUCGUCGGGCCGGCCAGAGCGUGGCCCUGAUGCUAUCGAGUCAGAGAGACUUGACCUCUUCCGAGAGCGACUAUCAGCCGUCUUUGGCAAAUACCCCGACGAGGACUUUUUGCCGUUCGACCAACUCUUGCCCGACGUCAACGAGGGGCUGACAAACGCCAUCAUGUUCGGUCAAGCCGAGGCUCGGCUGGCCAUUACCAAGAUGAGCGAAUUGAACGAGGUCAUGGAGGCCGACGGCGCGAUCUACAAGGUGUAAAGGGUUCUUUCUUUCUGCGAUACUGUCACACGCGAUGCGCCGUGUAUUCUAUAAUACGUUCGAGUUGUACAUUGGGAUUACAUUUGAUUCAUACAAUCUUUCG